CAAACCAGUUCAUCUAGCUCUCGUUACCACGAAGAAACUCCAUAAAUUGAUUUACUCAGAUUUUAACUCUUCAACUGGACGGAUAAUCAUGGAUUUAAUGUGAAUCAAUUUGAGGGCUGACAGGAGCUGAGUGCAACAGUAGACAGGAUGAGUUGGGUAGCACUAUAUGCCCAGCUGGGAGGGGUGAAUAAACACUCCACCAGUUUGGGCAAGAUCUGGCUGUCUGUCCUCUUCAUCUUUCGCAUUAGCAUCCUCAUAAUAGCUGCCGAGACAGUCUGGGGGGAUGAGCAGUCUGAUUUCAUCUGUAACACACAACAGCCUGGCUGCAAAAACGUGUGUUACGACCACUUCUUUCCUGUCUCACACAUCCGUUUCUGGUGCUUGCAGCUCAUCUUUGUGUCCACGCCAGCUUUGAUGGUGGCUAUGCAUGUGGCAUAUCACAAACACAAUGUAAAGAAAGACCUUAUUUCUAACCGCGGUGACACUGUUAAAGAGGAUGAACUGGAGAGCCUGAAGAAGAGGCGUCUUUCCAUCACUGGCCCGCUUUGGUGGACCUAUACCUGCAGCCUGUUCUUCCGACUCCUUUUUGAGGCGGGAUUUAUGUAUGCCCUUUAUUAUGUCUAUGAUGGGUUUCAGAUGCAACGUCUUGUAAAGUGUGAGCAAUGGCCCUGUCCCAAUAAAGUUGAUUGCUUUAUCUCACGGCCAACUGAGAAGACGGUCUUCACCAUUUUCAUGGUGGGAUCUUCAUCCCUCUGUAUUGUGCUUAAUGUGGCUGAGCUGUUCUACUUGAUUGUGAAAGCAUUGAUGAGGUGCUCUGCCAGAGCCAAGGGAGGGCGUCGCUCCUUUAUACUCCAAGAUAAAAUGUCUUCAGAAAAUGCAUUCUUACAGAACCAAAAGAAUACGAGGUUGCUGUCAUCAGUUUCAGACUCCUCAACCAACAAGACUGCAUAAGAUCAUCCAAACAUCCUGUGACUUAGCCAAGUUUAAAUAAAGGCUUUUUAAACUUAUAUUCCUUUUGAGUGCCUCAGACUUUCUGUUUAUUUGGGAUCCUGUGACUUUAUUCUACCAACUUGGAUGAUAAUAGACUUUUCUAUUUCUCUAAUUUUGACAGUGUUUUAACAACUUGUGCUUUAUAGCUUGUGUUUAUAUGUGGCCCUGACAACACAAGGCAGUGGCACAUUUUUGAGCAAAGACAACAUUCCUCACUUAACCCUAAGAAUGAUGGCCCAUGUUUCUCUCUCUCUCUCUCUCUCUCUCUCUCUCUCUUCUCAUCUAUUGAAGGCAUUAAAGUCCAGCAGUGACUCCUGGUGGUCACAUCUACAUAGUAAAGUUCAGAGAUCUUGUCCUUUCUGAACAAAAAUCGAGUGUCCUAAUUUACUCAAAUAUGUUGUAUUCUAAAACUUUUACUCUUUAUUUUGACUUUUAUAUCAUUUCUUUUUUUAUCAUAACAACAAUGUCUUCAUUGCAAUGAUUCUUUAAGUUACUCAUCAAGACAAAUGUUUUAGAAAAGUAAUUUAAUUUGUUGGCCUGAUGGUUUUUUCUCUAAGGUAUUUAUGUCUUGUGUUUGUAUGGUAAAUAGUUUAAAUAUCUUCAAAAAUGGCACGGAUGUGUUUAGUUUUUAGGGGUUUCAUAAUGUUAUCCAUUGCACUGACCCCUACCAGGGAUUUUAUAUCAGCUUACAACUGUGCCUUAUUUUAAUUGGGAACUUGCCUCCCAUUGCCCUUCAGUGAGCUAUAAGCAUAAUUUAGUUGGAUGAGAAUGUUUACUAGUGGUGCAUACUCUGACCUUACAGCUAUGAUGACAUUUUGUUCGUCAGUUUACCUGUUGACAGGUGAGAGUGUGUUGACUAACAAAGCAGCCCAUUCACACUUUGCCAACUCUCCAUUAUCUUCAGUUCUGUUUUUCUCCGGUGUUGAUGAGGUCGAUGAAGAACAGUUUAGUUUGUUAUGGUGGUGUUUUAACAGUGGAAGUUAUUGUUUCAAAGUUUCCACAUAUCUACAGUAUUGAUGAAGGCUUUUACCGCUUACAUCAGGCUUAAAAUAAUUAACUUCACACUUUUACAGUAUGUUUGUGAAAAUGUUGGCUAUCAGUUUAUCUAAGCA